AUGGCCGUGAUGAUGUCGUUCGUGUCGGUCGCGGCAUCAAUAUUGUACACGCCGUUUUUAUUGUUAAUUUUGUGUAUAAUUUUCUUGGCGUCAAUCGGAAAAUCAUUGGGAGUGCGGCGGCUCUAUGUCAAUAUUCUGCUGAAACUAUUCGAGUAUGGGAGGCAACACAUCGAAGUGGCGAAGAAGCUGCAAAGGAACGACAGCUCCGACGAGGACGAUCUACCACCGACUCCCGAGGAUAAACCGCCUUCAGCGCUGAUCAAGGAGAAUGGAGUCAACGGGUGCACGAAGACAUCAGUGAUAGAGCGGCAAGAGAUCCUCGGGCCUUCGCCAGAGCUGAACUACAAGCGGAGCAAGAGUCAGGAGAGGUUGCAGAACGGACACACGAAUGAGCAGGCCAAGCCUGAGAAUAGCCUAGAAGUCCACCUCUACCAUUGCCUAGACCUGGCGAAGGCCGGCAUGGAGUCAAUCAUCGAGGAUCAGGUCACAUCGGUCUUCGAGGCCGAGGAGUUGAGGAGCUGGAACCUUCUCACCAGGACGAAUAGACAGUACGAGUUCUUAACGUGGCGGCUUACGAUAAUAUGGGCUAUGGGAUUCAUAGUUCGUUAUUUCUUCCUUCUGCCCUUGAGGAUUCUUGUCUUCUUCAUUGGCGUCCUCAUAACGAUAGCGAUAACGUUCCUAAUCGGAAUGUUGCCCGCCGGAAAAUUCCGACGACGCCUCGGCGCUGUGGUGUAUAAGGUUGUCAACCGGAUUCUAAUCCGCGGCGUGUCGUGUCUCGUCAACUUCCACGACACACAGUACAUGCCGAAGCCGAACAGUUUCUGUGUUGCCAACCACACGAGCCCGAUAGACGCUAACGUUCUCAGUACGAACACGUGCUUCGCUCUGGUGUGGUGGCUGAUUGUGAGUACGGCGAUCAUAGGCACCCUGCCGGACGGUCCGUUCAAGCAGCGCGUGAACAACGGGAUGUCGCUGAUGUGUUUCAACUUUUUGUCGCGCUGCAUCAGCGCCGUGAUCACCUACCACAACGGGGAUCAGUAUAAGCCCAAAAGUGGUAUUUGCGUCGCGAACCACACCAGCCCCAUAGACGUCUUGGUGCUGAUGUGCGACAGCUGUUAUUCGUUGAUCGGUCAGCGACACGGCGGAUUCCUAGGGCUCUUGCAGCGGGCGCUCGCUCGGGCCUCGCCUCACAUCUGGUUCGAGAGGUCCGAAGUUAAGGAUAGGCACGCGGUGGCUAAAAGGUUAAAAGAGCACAUCUCGGUGCCGGACAAUCCGCCGAUCCUCAUAUUCCCAGAAGGGACGUGCAUCAACAACACAUCGGUGAUGCAGUUUAAGAAGGGCAGCUUCGAAGUCGGUGGCACAAUUUAUCCGGUCGCGAUAAAAUACGACCCGCGCUUCGGCGACGCGUUCUGGAACAGCACCAGGUACGGAAUGCUGCACUACCUCCUCAACAUGAUGAGCUCGUGGGCGAUCGUGUGCGACGUGUGGUACCUGCCGGCCAUGACCCGACGCGCCGACGAGAGCGCUGUGGACUUCGCGAACCGAGUGAAAGCGGCCAUUGCGAGACAGGGUGGGCUGGUGGAUUUGCAGUGGGACGGUCAAUUAAAACGGAUGAAAGCGAAAAAGGAAUGGCGAGAGUUGCAACAGGAGGAGUUCAGUAAGCGAUUAAAAGGAGAGUAG